AAUAUUAAAAAUGAAUAAACUUGUUUGGCAUUCCACAGUCGUUCGUGCAACCGUUCGAGUGUUUAGAUCUUCAAUAAGUUCGAUUUUCCGAAGUGUAAAUCUACGUCCGGCUUUUUUAUAGAAGAUAAGAGAAAUAUGGAAUACAAAGUUGAACCAUUGCCAAAUUCUCAAGGUCUGUUAGGCGAGGGACCACACUGGGACAUAGAAAAACAAAGUUUGUACUUCGUUGAUAUCGAAAAUGCUCAAGUCUUGCGCUAUGACUAUGCACAAAAUAAGACCUACCGAUGCCAGAUUGAAAACGAGAAACUAGCUUCUUUUAUUAUACCAAUUGAAGGAGCUAUUAACAAAUUCGUAGUUGGUAUUGGACGUCGUAUUUCCAUCAUUACUUGGGAUGGAAUUUCAGAAACUUGCAAAUUAGAAAAAGAUAUUAUCACCGUUGAACAAGGUGAUUCCAACUGCAUUUACAAUCGUUUUAACGAUGGGAAAUGUGAUCCACGAGGACGUCUUUUUGCUGGAACCAUGCAUACAGAUAUUAGUCAUUUCGAUAAACGUACUGGAAAUUUUUAUAAAAUGGACGAGGAUUGCAAGUACAAGCUAUUGCUUGAAAAAAUUGGCAUUUCAAAUGGACUUGCAUGGAAUGAAAAAAAUAAUAAAUUUUAUUAUAUUGAUUCAUUGGACUACAAAGUACGAGAAUAUGACUAUGAUUUUAACACUGGAUGCUUUAAAAAUCCUAGGGAAGUUUUCAACCUAGACAGUCUACAAAAAGAAGGUAAGAAAAUUCUACCUGAUGGAAUGACUAGUGAUUCUGAGGGAUUUCUAUAUGUUGCACUAUUUGGAGGAUCAUCUGUUUUGAAAAUUGACCCAAAAGAUGGGAAGGUUGUGCUUGAUAUUAAAAUACCAUGUGAGUUAGUUACGUCUGCAGCUUUUGGAGGGCCUAAUCUGGAUAUAUUGUAUGUAACAACGUCUGGACUUUUAAAUAAGCCCAGUCCUGCUGGAACCACUUACAAAGUUACUGGAAUUGGUGCUAAAGGUCUUGCAAUGGCAAAGUGUAAACUUGCAUUGUAAAAUAUCGAUUAUUUUUAUAAUUUGGCAUAAUUUUAAUGAAUAAAAUGCAAUAAAUAAAAACGAAAAUUUGAAGAAAGUA